CCACCUUCCCGGGCAGCCCCUUCCAACGUCUGAUCCCUCUCUCUGUGCGGGUGUCAUGGCGGCCGUGUCCGUGUUCCCGUCGUCGCGGGAGCUCGGCCCGGCGCUGGCGCGGAUCGUGGCCGAGGCGGCGGCCGAGGCGGCGCAGGGGGAGGGCGGGCGGUUCUCGCUGGGGCUCUCGGGGGGCUCCCUGGUGGAGCUGCUGGCGCGAGAGCUGCCGCCCGCCCUCAGCGCGGCCCCCGCCGCCGCCGACCCCGCGCGGUGGCUCGUGGCCUUCUGCGACGAGCGGCUGGUGCCACCCGAGCACCCCGAGAGCACCUGCGGCGCGUACCGGGCCCAGCUGCUGCCCCGGCUGCCCCCCCCCGGCCCGCAGGUGCUGUCGGUGACCCCCGGGCUGGGCCCCGCCGCCGCCGCUAGAGACUACGGGGAACAGCUCCGGAGAGCUUUCCCGGGGCAGCAGGUUCCCGUGUUUGACCUGCUGGUGCUGGGGGUGGGCCCGGAUGGACACACCUGCUCCCUGUUCCCAGGGCACCCCCUGCUCCAGGUGAGCCCCCCUGGGAACCCCGUCACCCCCCCGGCGGAGUGA